GCCUAAUCAGGUAAGGCGCAAGUCAAGAGCCGAGCGCCUGCCUUACGCCUAUCGCCUUUUAGAACCUUGGUAUUUUGUACCCCUUUACUAUUGCUAAUUAACCUAUGUACCCCUAUAUUAUUAUUUUGUACAAAUAUACCCCUAUAUUUUUCUAGCGUAACAAAUAUACCCUUCUGUUACUAAUUCCGUUAGUUGACUGUUAAAAGGCAUGCAAAAUGACAAUCUUACCCUCUAUUAUCAAUCAUCAACCAAUACUAUAAAGAGUUUUAAAGAAUAGAGUUUCCAGCAUUUCAAAACCCUCCACAGAGAGCACUUCUCGGAGGGGCAAAAUAUUCUUUCUAAACCCAAUAGUAAUGGGUCGUACUGAAUUCAUUCUACCAUCACUUGGGUCUGUUGUUGAUCCUCCAACUUGACUAAGUCUCAAGUCAAAGCUCACCUAUACAGCUUCUGUCUAAUGAAUACUCAUCGACAGAAGAGGAAGCCAACUUCUGGAAAAUCAAGACUCUGCAGCCACAUCUCCCCCGACGACAGCUACUCAGUAACUCCAAAUUUCUUCGGUUCUCCUAUCUUCCACUUACUGAACACGUACCCCAGUUAGGUUCGAAUCUUCUCCCCCCCCCAACUACAACCUCUUGAUGAAUAUUUGUAUAAUGCAACAAGAAGUUACAGAAACCAACAAGAAGUUAGCGGGACAAGGGAAGUCGAAAUUAAGGUAUAUAGUCCUUCAUAUCGCAAUUCGAUUAGACUUUCUUCACUGGCACCUGUACCACUAAUGUCUUGGGUUUUUAUAAUUGCAAAUAUUGAUUCCCUCAAGGUGGAACCUACAGACAGAUUCAUCCUCUCAAACAUCUUAGUUCUUGCUUUUUUGGUGCUUCCAUUUUCAAGAUGUGUUUAGAAAAUGGUAAAAUAUGUCAUCAAAAUUCAUAAAGGUUUGGCUCUGUACGAUCUACGAAGUGCCCAAUUUUGAGAUUUCCAGUUGGUUUGUACAUCUCAUGGUCAAUAGAUACUUAGUUAUUAUGAGAAUAUGAUAGCAUAUAGUAGUGAGAAAUGUUUGUGACACGUUACCCUCGUACGACUCCGCGAACCCUUUCUUGUAAGACGCCUGUCUGCACACACGAACACAGAGGGGGUGCCUGGGCCCGUUAAUUCUCCGACGCCCAAGUUAGUUUCUAGGGAGAGAGAAGUGUCUCAAAACUAGAGUUUAGUGAGAGAGUCCAACCUGUGUAAAUGCUACCAACUGCCCCUAUUUAUACUCACCAGAGUUCGAGGUUGAUCUUCUCCACCUCACUUUCUCCAUUUAAUGCUUUGUCCCUUUCUGGUCAGAUAUCUCAACCGCCUUGUCAGGCUUCUGGCACGUGACAGGCGCCCGCAGACGAUGGACCACUUGACAGCCUGGCCCCCUUUGGCUUCUAGCGACUAUUCUUUAUGUGCCCCCCACCUUGCUUGGGCCUUGCCCCCCAAUUCGGCUGUUUGGAAGUCCAAGUCGUCGCCCAUUGGGCCUUGCUCAUAAUACCCCCAACAAGAAAUUAUCCCCUGUGAGAUUCCAAUCGUUAUGUAUUGUUCCUGAUAAAUAGAUAGUUAGUUGUUAUCCGAACAUGAUACCAUAUAGUAGUGACACAUUAUUCCCAUGUGAUAUUUUUCUAAAAGUGGUUUUGAAAUUAGGAAACUUCUCCUCCCAUUAUCUUGCAAGUGUUAGAUACAAUAAAGUAUAAGGCCCGCCAUUGUUUAGAUCAUACAUCUUCACUUGCUUCAGCUGAUACCAUUAAAUCCUUUUUGGUUGACUGAAUAUUCUAUUAACUACCAGAACUGAAUCGCCUUCACAUUUCACUUUUGGCCGUUGUUUGUAAGUUGUUGGCUAUAUUCCUCGUUGAUUCUCCUACUAAGAAUAAGAGUUAAUAUUUUCGUAUGGCCUGAACUUUGACCAAAAUAAACAUGAUGACCAAUCUUUUUGAUCUAUAACAUCCUGACCCGAACUAUACACCAAAAUAAACACUUUGGCCAGAUCCGACUUUUGACCAUUAACUUGGACGGUCAAACGCGUUGAUCGUUAGUCAACGUGCCAUGUCACUGCCAAGUCAGCAUAAAAUAUUUAAAAUAAUUCACAAUUUUCACACAUUUCCUAAUUUUAAAUUAUUAUAAAUUAAAAAAAUCAUCUAAUACCUUAGUUAAACCAAAAAUAAAAAAACUAAAAAAAAUAAAUAUUUAUCAGAUCUUCUGACUUGGCAGUGACGUGGCGCGUUGACCGUCUAAGUUAACGGUCAAACAUCGGGUUUGGCCAAAUUGUUUAUUUUGGUGUAUAGUUCGGGCCAGGAUGUUAUAGAUCGAAAAGAUUGGCCAAGAUGUUUAUUGUGAUCAAAGUUCAGACCAUACGAAAAUAUUAACCCUAAGAAUAAUGAAAUAGUUGAGAAUUAUUAUUCUCUCAUAAACCAUCUAUUCUUCUUUUUGGUUGGUGUUUGUCUAUCGAGAAUGAUCGUAGCAUGCAUUUUGAUUUUGUUCAUUAAGUUAUGUUGUCACUCCAUUCAGUUGGUCAUGGUUUUUGGUUCCUCUGUUUUCUUUUGAAGUUCCAUUUUAAGUCUUUGAUCAUGUCAAUUUGUAGCGCUCUCAUAAUGAGGUUAGGGAAAAAUACAGGAGAGGAAGUUUAUUUUGCUAGGGACUAUUUUUAAUGUAAAAUGAUUUCCUCAAGAAAGGGAACACCACAAGUUGUAGAUUUCAUCCAGGGACGUUAACUAUAGAAACAUUUUACUACAAACCCCUAUGUCCUUAGUCUUAAUCUUAACAGUUCAUCAUAUUUUGGUUUCUCAUAUAGAUUCUACAUUGUAACUCUCACACUUACGUUGCGUUGUGUUUCUCCUUAUGUCAAUCCUUCCACCUUGAUACUCUUUUGUUUCAUCAUCUUUUCCCUUACUGGGUUACGUCUCCAUAUCGAGCCAUGGGUUUCAGAAUGGUGGUCACUAGCAAUGACCAGAUUUAGCAGUAGGGUUCUGCUUUCUCUCACUUAGGACCAACGAUUGUUAUUUGAUUUAUCCUGCUCAUGCACUUUGCAAAAAUAAAGUUAUUAUCACAUGCGCUUCAGUUCAGGUUGUGUUAGCCUUAAUUUGCUCACUGCCUGAUGUUGCUUACUCUCUCUCGCGUGAUUUGCAGGGAUGUUUAACAAGUACCUCCUCUAUCUUGGAUAAUAUUUAUGAUUUUCCUCUCGAUCUUGGAGAGGAAUUCUUCACAGGUCAGUCCGCUCACUGCCUUGAAGCUUGAAAAGUCUAUUGUUACUAAUGCUCUAGGUUGGAUUGGACCAAGAUAAUCUCCUAUCUUUCGGGUUAGCCAAGUUGUUAAAAGCUAGGUUACUUUAUUGAGAAUGAGCAUAUCUAGGUUGCUUAAUGGGUAUUGAUUAAAUAUGGUUCGUACUU